GAGUGAGACAAGCGCACCGUUUUUUGAAUCAAACUUUGCUAGUUUUUACCGUUUUUUAUGCUUUAUAAAUAUAUUCAUGUUUAUUAUUCAUUCCCGAUUAACUAUUAUUCGUUUUAUUCUUCGAUUUUAACCAGAUUCAGGAACAAGACGCCCGGUUUAGGUGUUAUUUAUUACAUAUUACACUACUAGAGGCUUGGUUAUAAGGUAAACUCGUGACAACCUUCCCUUAUCUCUGUAGACAGUAGAUCUGUUUGAUAUAUUUAACAAAGACAAGUUGACCUUAGUUCAGCGUGCCUAUAUCAUUACCGUCAGUCUGUUAGUUUUUGCUAAGAUUUGUUUUAAACGUGAUUUAUCAUGAAUAUCAUGCGGAGCUGCCACGUUUCACUUAAUGAUUUAUUAAAGUAAAUCUGCAAAGAUGCCAUCACCUGUGGAUGUUAUAGUGGUUGGAGCUGGCAACAGAGGAGAAAACUAUUCAGACUAUGCUUUGAUUUAUCCUGACCGUAUGCGGGUAGUUGGAAUUGCUGAUCCAAGAGAUUUUGCUAGAAAGAAAAUGCAGGAGCGUCACAAAGUUGCCAACGAAAACACAUAUGAUGAUUGGCGUUGUUUAGCGAAGAGAGAAAAGUUUGCAGAUGCUGUUUUGAUCUGCACUCCCGAUCGCCUUCACAAGGACCCUGCUGUGGCUUUAGCUAAGAAAGGCUACCAUAUACUACUGGAGAAACCAAUGGCUGUUAAUGAAAACGACUGCUCAGAGAUUGUGGAGGCUUGCAUUCAAAGUAAAGUCAUGCUCACAGUGUGCCAUGUGCUCCGAUACGACCCUGUGAUUCACAAAAUAAAAGUGUUGAUUGACAGUGGAGCGGUUGGAGAUGUCAUCCACAUUCAACAUCUGGAACCGGUGGGAUUUUAUCAUUUUGCUCACUCCUUUGUCAGAGGGAACUGGAGGAAUGAGGCCGAAAGCUCUUUUGCUCUGUUAGCCAAAUCCUGCCAUGAUGUGGAUCUUAUUCAUCACUGGGCUGGUGGGCGAAGGUGCAUCAAGGUUUCAUCCUUUGGGUCCCUUAGCCACUUUAAAAAAGAAAACAAGCCAGCAGGGGCUGCAAAUCGGUGUUUAGACUGUCCUGUGGAGGGUGAUUGUGCAUAUUCUGCAAAGAAAAUCUAUUUGGAUCGAGUGAAAAAAGGGAUUGUUGGCUGGCCAGUAUCAGUGAUUUGUUCCAGUUCGGUUCCUGAUAUUGAAUCGGUGACUGAGGCCCUCAGAACCGGACCAUAUGGCCGCUGUGUAUACGAAUGUGAUAAUGAUGUUUGCUCAAAUCAGGUAGUAAACAUGGAAUUUGAAGGUGGCCUGACUGCUGCUUUAACCAUGGUGGCAUUUACAGAGGAGAUAUGUAAACGCAGAACAAGCAUUUAUGGUAGCAAGGGGGAGCUGACCUAUGAUGGACAUGAGAUCAAAGUGUUUGACUUCCUCACUUCUAUGACCACGAAGCACGCCGCAGACAUGACCGUUCCAGGUAACUUUGGCAAGGGGGGUCACGGGUCUGCAGAUUAUCACCUGAUCAAUUCCUUCAUUUCAGCUGUGAUGCACGAGGACCCGACUAUGAUUAGAUCAGGACCUAAAGAGACAUUAGCAAGUCAUAAACUGGUGUUUGCAGCCGAACGUUCCCGUCUGGAGAGCAGAGUUGUAUUCUGUGAUGACCAGAGGACCUAAUGGAGGACACUAAAUUUGCACUGUCAAAAUUAUUUUAUAUUCUUUUAUAAUCAAAAUUUUUUCGUUGCCGAAAUGAUUUUUUUAUUUUAGAUUUUUUGUGAUUUUAGAAAUAGAAAGUGUAGCCAAAAGAAGUACAAUAACAGUAAAUCUUAAAUUAUAUUGUGUAAGUUUAGUGUAAGCUAAAAAUACUUGAAUGUAUUAAUUUAUUACAUUACUGAAUAAAUAGUGUUUUAUUAAACCACUGAUAUCACUGCUGUAGCCUUUAAGGGAAAAAACAAAAUAAUUUUUUAUAGUCAAUAGAGACCCACAGAGAUGACACUUGAUCAACUUUUGUUAAGCACAGAUAAUCCAAAUGUCUAUGGAAAAAUGAAUGGGCUUGAAUGCAAGAGAACCAGAGUCCCACUAACUUCCAUGUUUUUUUUUCCACUAACUUCCAUGUUGGCCUACAAAAAUAUGUCACCCGUGCGGCACUCUAUUUAGUUUUAUCACUACUUAUAAUCAGAGUCCUUUUAAUAUAACUAAUAAUAUUUUAUUAUACACUUAUUAGAUAAUCAUAACGCUUUCUAUUGUUUGUUUUACAAUAAUAAUUUAUUUGGUGGCCGUCCAAAUUUAGAAAUAUAAAGUUUUUUUUUUACAAAUGAUUUACAAAUAAAAUGUAAAAUUUAAUCUUUACAUUUUGUUACUCUUUGAUUGUUGUCUUUAAAUGGUUAAUAAUGAAGCAUAUUCAGAUCAUAGACUGUGAAAUGACAUUGAUGUAGCUCGUCUUGGCAAUUCAUGCAAAUGUCAACCUUGUUAUGAAAAGUAAAGUUUUUGAAAUAAAUAUUAAAUGUUCUUUGAAGAGCU